AUGAAAAUCACUAAGAGCUGCCUCUUACUAUCGUCAGCAGCUUACAUCCAAGCUGCUUCAAUCCCGGAGCAGAUGUUUCUCAGCUGUGAACGCAGCGAUGGAAAUCCCAAUCAUCAAGCUUCUCCUCACACCAAAACAACUGGCAACAAGUCAUUUUUGGAUGCCUACUUUGGCAAUUUCUUGGAUGGCGUUGCGGAUGCUGUGACUGUCAAGGGUAAACGUGAACCACUUCCUCUCCCAGAUGAAAUUCGCGGUCUUGCUGUCCAUGACAACUACGAGUAUCCAGACCCUGACGAUCUGAGAGAUAUCAAUGGCUCAGCGGUUCUUUACCGUGGUGGUGAAUUUGGGUACAUUGAUACCUUCGCUCAUCUUCCCUUGACCAAUUGUUUUGAUCCUGAAUUGUACGAAAAGGAAUCCUUUGAUAUCGCGGUGAUUGGUGCUCCAUUUGAUUCUGGAGUUUCCUAUAGACCAGGUGCUAGAUUCGGGCCAUCAGGUAUUAGACUUGGUUCCAGAAGAUUGGCUCCCGCUUACUCUGUCUAUAACGAGAAGCUAAACCCUUACAAAAACUGGGCAAAAAUUGUUGAUUGUGGCUCACCACCAGUGACUCCGCUCGACAACAGAAUCGCCAUCGACCAAAUCUAUCGUGCCAACAGAGCUGCAGGAAAACACUCUGUUACGAAAAAAAACAAGUUUGAUCAUCCUAAGAUUGUCACUCUUGGAGGUGACCAUACCAUCACCCUUCCAGCAAUUAAAGCUGCUUUUGAGAACUGGGGGAAAAUCUCAGUCAUUCAUUUUGACUCUCACUUGGAUACCUGGAAUCCUUAUUACUUUGGUGGGAACGUCACGGACUAUCAAUCGUUGAAUCACGGUACGUAUUUGCACUGGGCUCAUGAAAAGGGUCUAUUAUCUGAUACGUCUAUUCAUGCUGCCAUUAGAGGCCCCUACCCUGGUAAAAAAGAUGUUGAACACGACAUUAGUUGUGGAUUUGACAGAAUUUUGGCCAGGGACAUUGACAAGAUUGGUGCAGACGGAAUUAUCAAAAAAAUCAAACAAAGAGUUGGGGACAGCCCUGUGUACAUCACUGUUGAUGUCGACUCUAUGGAUCCUUCGACGGCUCCUGCUAGUGGUACUGUCGAGCCAGGUGGAUGGACUUCCAGAGAACUACUAACCGUUCUAGAUGGAUUAGACGGUAUUAACAUCAUAGGAGGAGAUGUUGUUGAGGUUUCUCCACCCUACGAUACCGCAGCCGAGAUUACCUCAGUCGUUGCUGCCCAAGUGGCCGAUUCCAUUAUUUCCCUGAUGGUUUUACAAGGAGAGUCCGACACAACUGACAGCGAGUAA